AUGGCUGCUAAGAACCCCGAUUCGCUUCAAGGUCAAGGCCCCUUCCAUGCCCGAAUCGUUCCCUCUGAGCCUGGAGUGCACAAUUGGCACAAACCCGGUAACGAGCAAGGCAACGCCGCUAAACCAGAAUUCCACGCCCAGACCUUCCCGCCUGGCACCGCCCCAGUCGAAGAUUCCUUCACGCCCCGUACCGUCGGCUACAACAUAGAGGAGAACACCUACGAAGAUGAAGACUUAGACUUUCCAGCCCUAUCCAUGCCUGGUUCAACGUCAAAGGACAUCCACAACUCUAUUGAUUCGCUGCAUGGUAAACCUCUGCAGGGUCAAGAGAACCGUGAAGCCAGAGGUGUUCAUCCGCGAAAGAGAAAGAAGGAAAGAAGUGGUCUAGAGGGUGUUGGCGCGAGUACUACUCGCUCGGUCUUUGACAAGGUACGGGAUACAGUUGCAGAUAAGCCAGAGGCGGAGAAGGGUCAGCGGGGUUAUACUGGUCGGCGAGAGGGUGGAUUAACUGCUGAUAGAGCGGAAGCUCUUCCUCCCGUGACAGCAGAGAGUAGAGCUGUUCGUGAAGGACCUCAUGGUCGCACGGUCAAGUGA